AUGUCUGCUAAAUCUGCAAGACCCACUUAUGAUGCGGAUCAGAUUUCAAAGUAUCUCAAGCACAUUUCUCUGCCUGAAGAUUCCAAAGAUCUAUUUCAUGCACCGGGAAAAUUGCAUCAUUGCAAUAAUGCCCUCAAGUUCCUCACUCAAUUGCAAAGACAUCAGAUAGCUACCGUCCCGUUUGAAAACUUAAGCUUACAUUAUUCUCGAGAUCAUACGAUUUCUCUAGACCCAGGCUACUUAUUUAACAAAGUGGUUGACCGAGGCCAUGGAGGCUACUGUAUGGAAAAUAACUGCUUCUUCGGUACCGUACUGCGGAGUUUGGGCUUCAACGUGUUCAGUGCUGGUGCCCGAGUGAAUACAGGGGCCAAUGGGACCGGAGAGGAUAGGUGGGAAGGCUGGUCCCAUAUGGUUAAUAUAGUCACGCUUUCCUCCGGCCAAAAGUACAUGCUCGACGUGGGCUUUGGCGGCAAUGGUCCAAUCCAGCCGCUGCUGCUCAACCCGUCUGCUGCUCCCACUCAGCACAUAGCGCCAGCGGAGGCGAGGCUCGUCCACGAGAAUAUUCCUCACAACACCGACCCAAAUCAAAAACUUUGGCAAUAUCAACACCGCAUCGACCCGCAGUCAGAGUGGCAGACAAUGUACUGCUUCACCGAACUCGAGUUCCUCCCCAAGGACUACGAGGUUAUGAACUUUUGGACAAGUCAAAGCCGGAAGAGCUGGUUCACGUAUAGUGUUGUAGCUGUGAAGAUGAUUUUGGAGGGGGAAGAUGUGGUGGGGACAUUAGUUUUGAGUGGGGGUGACGUGAAGAGAAGGGUGCAGGGGAAGACGGAGCAUUUGAGGACGUGUAAGACGGAGGAGGAGAGGGUACAGGCUUUGCGGGAUGUGUUUGGGUUGAGAUUGACGGAUGAGGAGAGAAGAGGGAUUGGAGGGAUGGUCACUGAGUUGAAAGAAUGA